GAGCUUAAUGCAAAAAACACAUAUUGUUACAGUGUUAGCUAAAGUAUCAAUGUUUUGGCGUUUGUCAUUUUUUAAUUCUUUCCCUGAAAGGAGACACAGUAUAGCUGACUUGCUAGCCGUCUAAGACUGAAACUCCACUGGCCUCACACUUCUUUCAUUCAUCAGUGCAAUAACCCAGUAAUCCCUUAUUAUUAUUGACCAGCAAUGGUUGAGUCAAAAUAAUCAAACGUGUUAACAGCUGGUUACGAUUUCCUCCGCAACUUUUUCACAAGUCAGCUUAUCAAUUUCUGCACUUCCUAAAGCAAUAUGAGAAGUCAUUUCAGACAUCGGUGUUAAUAAUUUAAGAUGUAUUUUGUGAAUAUUUUAGGUUGCUCGUCUCAUUGAAACUCAUAAUCGAGAACGUAUAACCGUAUGGGGUUCAAUGAAUUCAAAGGUUUCUAAAAAGUGUAGACUACGGAACAAGGACAUUCUUACCUUCGCUCCAUUUUCCUAUGUAGUAUGGAUAAUGGCUUGUUAUUUUGUGGGAUUGCUACCCUUUAUACCCAUAGAAUAUGACUGCUUUGAGCUACCUCUGAUAUCUGUUAUACGAUCUAAUGAAUUCGCUAGACGACGUAAUUGGCAUCGCUUUCUACCUAACACUGCUCUCUUAUUAUCAGAGUACGUCAUAUCCUCACCACUUUUCAUAAGGCAUUUACGAAAACGUGGAAUUCCUGUAUUCUUCUGGGUUUGCAACAAUGAGGCUGAUAUGCGAAAGGCUUUUGAAAUUGGUGCUUCAGGAUUGUCUGUAAACCUAUUCGACUUGUUCGUUACCAUGACAUUUGUAGAUGAUGUCUCAAGUCACAAUCCCAUUCCAAAUGUGCAUUUGGGGACGGAAUGUGGUAAAAUAACUGAUGCUAAUGAAUCACUCAUUGGUAGACGAGUUGUACAUGAAGAACAUUUCGGUACAAUAUGUUACGUUGGUCAGCUACCCAAUUCGAAAGACAUCUGGCUUGGUAUUGAUUGGGAUGAUUUUUCACGUGGUCGGCACGAUGGGAGCUACAAUGGCAUUCGUUACUUUCAGUCCAAGAGUCCAACAUCUGGCUCAUUUGUAAAACCUUCGAAAUUGUCUUUGGGAACUAGUUUAGAAGAAGCGCUUGUAUACAGGUAUGCUUUAUGUGCAUCUUGCCAGUUGGAAGCUCAAAUCAAUUCUUGCUCACAUAAGCCUGAAGAAAGCGUUAAAAAAAGCCUUUUUCAUGAAACCAACCAACCGGGUCGUCUGGAUGCCUAUAUCAGUGAUAAUUUCAGUCCACAAGACGCUGAGUACUCUGGUGAUAAUGGGCAAGUGAAAGGUGCAAUACGUAUUGAACUUUACACUACUCCUGCGAUUAACCAAAGUCAAAAGUCGAGUUCCCAUAACAAUGCUUGUGGUGCAUCAGUGGCCAAAGACAGAUUAAACCGUUUAAAAAGUGUUAGCUUGUCAUCAAUACCUGUGUAUCGUGCGCUAUACGGAACGAAAACUUAUGAUACCAAUCAUCAACCUGAAUAUGCACCUCUUUGGCCAUCAACUGGAGGCUGUUUAGGUCAGUUUUUAACAAAUUUGACCGAAUUAGAAAUGAGUAACUGCUUGCUAUCUAAGUGGACAGAAAUCGCCGAGAUUUGCAUUCAAAUCCCUUGGUUGAAAUCUCUCAAUGUUAGUUGCAACCGCAUUCGUUUACCUGUUUCUCCCAAUGAAGUUUCUAAUAAAUAUGAUGCCAGCGGAUGUUUGGAAUCAAGGCUUCUGUAUGAUGUGGAUUCACAUCCUUUACUGAGUGAAAAACUGUGCUCCAGUGCUUUUCCACAUUUGUCCCAACUUACUUUGGUUAGAUGUUCACCCUUGGACUGGGAAUGUAUUCGAAGAAUAAUAUGUUGGAUGCCGUGUUUACAGAUCUUAUCACUUGCAUACAAUAACUUAGGUAACCCUUCGUGUGAUUGGGAGGAAAGCGCUAUUGAGGCUUUCCGAAGAUUGAGUGAAUUGGACUUAACUCACAUAAAUCUGACGUCUGCUUAUCAAUUAUUUACUCUGAUCGGACCAUCUACAAAUUUAAACACUUUGUUGUUGAAUUGUAAUGAGAUUUCAGAACUGCCAGAUUUAUGCAAUGUGUCUGAAGAUAUCUGUCAAAAGCGAGUUGGCAGUAAUAAUUAUAAUGGUAAAAUAUCAUGGUUUCAAAACCUCAGUAUGCUGGGUUUAAAAAGCAACUUGUUCAAAGAUUGGAAAUUUGCAAAUCGACUACUGCACUUAUCUAAAUUGAGCCACUUGAUGGUAUCGGAUUGCCCAGUUUUCGAAGAUUGUUCCCCUAAAGAAACUGCUCGUCAGGAAAUAAUUGCUCGUCUACCAAAUAUUAAGAUGUUGGAUCGUGUGGUGAUAACCCCUGAAGAGCGUCGUGGUGCUGAAAUUGAUUAUCUAAAGCGUUAUGGAGCAGAUUGGUUGCGUAUUACUGAAAUGAACCAGGCUGAUGACCAAAUAAGUGUAACUGCAUCUGAAGAAUUUCAUAGAUUGCAUCCAGUUUUUACCAGACUUUGUGAGAAAUAUGGAGCUCCUGAAAUCGGGGAAACUAAACUAGUCACCCGUUCAAUUAAGGAAGGUCUUAUAUCUGUUACUUUUGUCAUACAACAAAGCAAUAGCCAAAAAUUAAACGAAUCAAAUAGUCAAUUGCCGGUGAAUGAAAACAAUACAACUCAUAAACAAAUUCCUAGUCGAAUGACUAUUAAUCACUUACGUAUGUUGACUAGGCGACUAUUCCAUCUAUCACCGAAAACAUCAUUUGAAUUAUAUGCACAAAGUAAAAGGGGUCAUGAUAAUACUGCAGUAAUACCAUUGGAUGGAGAUACACGUGAAAUAGGCUAUUAUAGUCUGGAAAAUGGUGAUCUCAUUUUGGUACGAUUACAGUGA